AUCAAAUAGUUGGCUUUAUAUUUGCAAUCUCUUGACAGGAUCUGCCCUUUUACCCUGCUAACUGGAAAUUUAAUGCUAAAUUGCUAGAGGUCAAGUGUUAUGUGAUGUCCUUAAAACAAAACGCACAGUAGCACUUAAAGUGGAAGGUGAAUACAUUUUUCAGAGUCAGCUUGGAGCCAGCAGUCUGCCAGAAGUUAAGGACCGACUCUUUGACCUCCAUCCCCCUCUCAGAGCUCCUGUCCGAACGUGCGGGUCGAUCUUCCCCCUUGCUGAUCAGCAUGACAAAGCACUGGCCGGAGCAGAUCCUCUUGGCACCACCCGCUCUGUCCCACAUUGGAGAACACCACGACCAUCACCUUGACUUCCACAGAAAUGCGCAGCAGAGUUUUCCUACCAGCGGCGUAACGCGGAACUCUCCAGCCCAAUAUUGGUCUCACCAUCCGGCUCAGGUGGUUCCCCGGCAGCUUCAGCGCUUGGAGAAGCCAAGCCCCGAACAUUUCACCAGCACCACGGCACUCAUGGAUAAAACCAUACCACCCUGCUCAUCAUACCAUAAUACUCAAGAUGCCCACUUCAAACAGGAAACCCGGGAUUCGUGGAACAAUGAAAGGAAGAAGAGUAGCACCAGCGAUGGGAAGAAAAAGAACUAUCAGCGGUAUCCAAAACCACCGUACUCAUAUCUUGCUAUGAUCGCUAUGGUCAUUCAAAGGUCCCCAGAGAAGAAACUGACAUUAUCUGAGAUCCUCAAGGAGAUCAGUACCCUCUUCCCAUUUUUCAAAGGAAACUACAAGGGCUGGCGGGAUUCGGUGCGACACAACCUCUCAUCUUAUGACUGCUUUGUUAAGGUACUGAAGGACCCAGGUAAGCCCCAGGGCAAAGGCAAUUUCUGGGCGGUGGAGCUAAGCCGUGUUCCUCUGGAGCUCCUUAAGAGGCAGAACACAGCUGUGUCGCGCCAGGAUGAGACAAUCUUUGCCCAGGAUCUGGCCCCCUACAUCCUACAGGGACACAAGCCAGAAUCUGAGCUGACCUCUGACCCUGUGACCCACCUCUCGCCCAUGCGCUCCGGAAACCCCUCCCCACCACAGGAGGACUUGUUCCGACCUAAGCUGGACUCGUCCUUCGCCAUUGACUCCCUGCUACACAGCCUACGACCGACUAGUGCCUCUGGGGAUGUGGAUGUGACCACCAGGGACUGCUGGGGUGAGGUGGAGCACCCCAGACCCUCUCCUCCUUCACGACCACGCUACGCAUCCUCUGCCCGUAGUGCCUAUGCCAGCUCUGCCAGUCCAGCUUCUACCUCUUCCUCCUCCUCUGAUGAGGAAUGGAAAGUAGGGUCCCUGUCUGGGAAGCGUGUUCCUCCAGAUGGUGAAGCAGGAUCAGAUGGUUGUGAGGACUACAGGCCACCGUUGCACAAAUCAGCCAGACGGGAGACUAUUGCACCUCCAUGGGAGCUCCCUACAUCCUAUGCCAAAUACGCUCCCCCCAAUGCUGUUGCCCCACCUAGCAUGCGGUUCAAUGGAGGUUCUCUAAUGCCACUGCAUGGUGGACUUCCCCUUUAUGGUUAUGGUAGCUCUCCUGUAGCACCUGGUCACCUCUUAGGUCAUGCAUAUUGGCCCAUCCUCCCCAGCAGGCGAGUUUCAGUCCAAGCCCCUCCCCUCAUCAUGGACCUGGACAACAUGUUGCAAUCUGUGCCUCCAAAUAAGAGUGUGUUUGAUGUCCUAGUACCAGCCAAUCAGAACACUCACUCACAUCAUCAACCAUCCAGUCAGUACGCUCUGCAGAAUGGACCUCCCUUAAACAGGUACACUCAGUACUGACUGACUCUGAAUUAGUGCCACUCAAACAGAGCUAUACUAUCACUCAAAAAUGCACGGAUGCUAAACCACUGUGAUGCAGGGGGUGAGGUUUAACUCUUUCUAAAUUGAGUCUCAACCAUUACCUCCAGCUCAAGGGAUGUUCACUGUCUAAUAUGCAAAGGGUGCUAAACUGCAGACAAUGCUAUUGAUGGAUUAAUGUUUUUAGCAAGAUGAAAAGUCAGUGUUUUAUUUUUUUAAGCUCAAUAUUUUUAUAGAAAUACCUUCAUAUCACUCAUCAAUCUGUGGAGUAUUACAUGGCUUCAUUUGGAGCAAAACAACUACCUCAAAAACUACAUUUAUACAAAAAAACAAGUAUCUACCUCAGUCUUUUGGUUAAAUACAAUGUGUAAUACUACAAGCUCUAUGAAAUGCCACUGUUAUUUGCAUUGUUUUUUUUUAAAUGCAUGAACUUGCUUUCUUACAUGAAUUACUUUUGACUGUUGUCUACUUAUUGUGACUGCUGAAUGUAUUGCUGGAUUUGCUGGACUGUAGAUGGUACAUACAGUGAAUCUGAGCCACAAAGUGUUGAAUGCAGUAUUUUUUUGAACAUUUCAUCCUGAAAGCAUUUUAAACAGAAUAUACGUAGGUAAAAAGUGGCAUUAUGUCACUGAAAACAUCCAAUUCAAUCCAUUUCAGUGAGUCCUGACUGUUUGCAUUGGUCCUGUAUGGCUACAUUAGCAUAUUAACCUGAUAGACAGUGGUACUGCAAUUUUGCUCUAUAAUUGGCUUUUUCAUUUUGGUGUUUACUGAUAUUUUUUGUUGUCAUGUUUUUAGAAUUUGAGGAAUUUAGCUCAGAAUUAGGGUCCAUUUUGGAAUAUAGUUAAUCUGUAAAGUGAUGCAUGUUCAUGACACUGAAGACAAUCUACUACUGCACAACUAGCAGUAUCUACCUCAGACUGGGAUUUUUUCCUGUGGACUUUGCACUGCCGGUUAUUUGCACUAUUUUAAUGUCAUUAUGAUCAUCUUCCAAAGGAAAUAAAUUUCUUAUAAAUGUAUGCCUAC